CUUGUCUUAUGUCCCACGCUUAAACUUUUCUUUGUUGGGUGUCACUACUUUUCUCCUUUCUCAAUAUAUUGAAGCAAAUUUAUGGUUUUAAUUUAAGAAAACUCUGGUGCCUAAUUUCCAUUGUGUGUGUCUCAGGAAUUGAUAAGAGUAAGAAUUAUUGAAUCAUGGGAAUGGCAGCUGCGUCAAGUGACGACACCCCACUGUUACUCACCCAAUCUCAUUCUGUCAAAAGAACAGGGACGGUAUGGACAGCAAUAGCACACAUAGUGACGGGGGUGAUAGGAUCGGGAGUGCUUUCACUGCCAUGGAGCAUUGCACAGCUUGGGUGGCUUGCUGGUCCACUCUCCAUCCUUCUCAUUGCUUCCACCACUCUCUUCUCUUCUCUUCUUCUUUCAGACACCUAUCGCUUUCCCGAUCCACAAUUUGGAACUCACACCAGUGCCUCCUACCUUGAUGUUACCAAUUUGCAUUUAGGAGUAAGGAAUGGACGUCUCUGUGGCCUUCUUGUGAAUAUAAGCUUAUAUGGUUUUGGAAUUGCCUUCAUCAUUACAACAGCUAUCAGCUUAAGCUCAAUCCAAAAAUCAAUUUGUUACCACAAUAAAGGGGGUGAAGCAGCAUGUGAAUUUACAGAUGUAUAUUAUAUGCUGCUUUUUGGGGUUGUCCAAAUUGUUCUCUCACAGAUACCCAACUUCCAUGACAUCAAAUGGCUGUCAGUUGUCGCUGCAAUUAUGUCCUUUACUUAUUCUUUCAUUGGAAUGGGGCUUUCCAUAUUGCAAGCCGUAGAAAAAGGACAUGCUGAGGGUAGCAUUGAAGGAAUCAGUACCUCCACUGGAACUGAAAAGUUAUGGCUGGUUGCUCAAGCGCUUGGUGACAUAUCAUUCUCCUAUCCAUUCUCGACAAUUCUUAUGGAAAUACAGGAUACUUUGAAGUCGCCUCCACCAGAAAACCAAACCAUGAAGAAGGCCUCAAUAAUAUCAGUCACUGUCACAACGUUCUUCUACUUUGGUUGUGGAUGUGCUGGAUACGCUGCCUUUGGUAGUGAUACACCAGGAAAUAUUUUAACAGGGUUUGGAUCCUCCAAGUUUUAUUGGCUUGUAAACUUUGCUAACGCUUGUAUAGUGGUUCACCUGGUUGGAGCAUAUCAGGUGUUUAGCCAGCCACUUUUUGCCACUGUUGAGAAUUGGUUCCGUUUUAAAUUCCCAAACAGUGAAUUUGUGAAUAACACUUAUAUCUUGAAACAUGCAUUGCUGCCUGCUUUUGAACUAAAUUUUCUCAGCCUGUCUUUCCGAACGGCUUAUGUUGUGUCAACCACUGUGAUUGCAAUAAUCUUUCCCUACUUCAAUCAGAUUCUGGGAAUUUUGGGUAGCAUAAUCUUUUGGCCAUUAACCAUAUAUUUUCCAGUGGAAAUAUACUUGAGUAAGUCCAGUACUCAAGCGUGGACGGCUAAGUGGGUCAUUCUUCGGACUCUCAACAUUUUUGGCUUUGUGUUUGGAUUGUUCACUCUCAUUGGAUGCAUUCAAGGAAUAGUAACUGAAAAAAUUAGCUGACAAGCUUUAAGACUUCUCCAGGAAUUGGAGCCGAGGAAUUAGAUUUAGGUAUUCCAAUAUUGUAUUUGUAAGACGUGAUUCACUUGCAGAAGCACAACAGCAUAGACCGUGUUGUAAAUUGUUGUCAUGGAAGCAGAGUGUUGUGCAGGUCAGAUUUUUGAAGUUGGAGCUACACCGUCAAUUCCAACUUGACAAAACUCACUUUUGGCAGCCCCAUAGACCUGAAGGUGUCCUCUACCUUGAAUAAAUGAACUCAACACUUCCACUUCCACUUCCACAAUGUUGUACGAACAAAUUGAAAGUAAACUGUUCAAUUCCUUGGAAAUAUCUCAGCUCUAUCUGAUUUUUUGUUUGAAGUCUUAUUAAUACGAAAAUUCUUUUUAUGUUCUUAUUUCUUCCUCCUCCAUGACCCUAAUUCGAUGAUAGGACGACAUAAUUUAUUAGUACGUAAAUCUAAAGGUGUGGAUUCUUGCUGAGGAGAAAAAUUCUUCCUCCGCGUGUAUAUAAGAACCUCUAAUUUUUCU